AUGUGCCGUCACCGAGCACAUUUCAAGGCAGUGCAGGUCUUUCGUUGUCGCCCCGCACGGCCCGCAGGCCUAGAGGUGGCAGUCUCGCGCCAGAGGGGAAUCGAAAAGAAGAAGGUGACGACACCCAGACCAGUGCCCUUCCCGUCCUUCUUUCCAAGAGACGUGAAUAGCCCCUUCCUGUACAAUGCAUCUCACUCAUAUGAUGAUUCUGGUCACCUACAACCGCCUUCGCACCACCUUCAAUCCAAUAUCAUCCGACAUCAAUCACUUCCUUCUCAGCGAUGGGAGGAGCGCAGUCGCUCUAUGUCCUCUAGCAAUCAGCAUGAACCAGGGACGUUGCAGGAUGACCGCCCAAAUCAGAGAGCUUCCUCUUAUUCUCUUCCUCCGAUUAGAACUUUCAUGCAGCCUUCCAGGGAAGAGUACUCCAAUAGAGGGCCACCCUCACACGGUCUGCUUGACCAGACACAGGAAACGUUGCCUGGAGAAGCAUCAGUGGAUGAUACGGAGUCCAGUAACGAAAGACCGACGUAUAGGCGAGGCAAGAGAAAGCGAUCAGACAGUCAGGAUGAAAAGAAGACCAAAGCUGUACGCAAAAUCUAUGUUGCGUGUGAUUUUUGCCGAGGGAGGAAGCUCCGGUGUGACGGGACCAAACCUUCCUGCGCAAAUUGUUCCACCCGAACGUUGAAAUGCGUAUAUAAGGAUCAUCCCAGACGUCGUGGCCCUGGAAAGGCACCGAAAGGUUCGCGGACCAAGAAAUCAGAUCGAAAGGGGAGGAAAAGUUCUAAAGGAGUCACAAGUGAGGUUGAUAAGGAAGGAUCCGAACAGCCUUCUGCUGCAGCACUCCCAGAUCGGCAUGUAUUUGAGAUGUUACCAGGUCACUUGUCUGGUCUGGAGCCCGUUUAUGUGCCACUGCCCUAUACUGAUCGUCCAAGUGCUUCAAACGUGUAUCGCGAAGAACCGGAAGCGAGUCCAAACUAUCAUUUUACGAGCGGUGCGUUAGCAUUGCGAGACCGCCUGCCAGCAGGGUCUGAGGGUGAUAGAGACGAUGAGCUGGCGGACUGA